GGAAACCGUGGUGACGGCGAGUUGACAGUGUCAAGUAGAUGAUGACAAAUUCUGAACACUAGAUGAGCUACAAGAUGAAGAGAGGCAUCAACUACGCUCACGAAGACCAGAUAUGGAAAAAUCAUAUUGCGAGCGAACAAAUGGCAGCGAAGCUGUGGCCAAAAAACUGGGGAUUCCUCUCUCACGAGUACGCAAAGUUUAAUUUUAAGCAGAGUAGACAGUCUGAGUCGGCUGCAUCUCAAAAGCUCGUCAGAAUGGCGGCAGAAGGAGAAUCAUAUCCGCUGAAGCUGCCACCGUUAAAACCAGCCCCAGAGUUUAAAGGGUUGCCAUUUCCAAAGACUACAGCACGGGAAGUUGGUUGGAGAUCAGCGUACAGAUCCUGCUGUCUCGAGAAAUACAGUUCAUACGCGAAGUCUAGAGGAAAUUUGCUAAAGAGCUUGAACUGGCCUCCAGAUGCAGUUGUCUGAAGAGUACUCACUGCAUAUCAACUUGCUUUACGUACAAACUGCAGAUGGCAUUCUUCAACUGACACAAUUUCUUUUCAUAGUGCUGUUUGUAUACAGUGCAGUUGCACAGUAAACAAUCUGUAAAAUAGCUUGAGGAUGGUUUCUGACCGCUUUAUAUACAUCUGUGAGAU